UUUUGUAUAAUAACAAUAUCAUGAUCAGGAUUUGCUGAUGAUAUUGCAAUAUCAUCAGCAAAUCCUGAGCAGAAAUUCCACUUCUUCUUCUUCCUAUCCAGUUAUCACUUCUUCUCUCUAUCUAACUAGGGUUCCGAUCUCCGAUCACCACCGGUCAAAAUGAUCAAAAUCCCCUAUAUAACCGCCUUAACAACCUACUUCAGUUACGGAUUACUCUUCGCUUUCGGUCAAUUGCGUGAUUUCUUCCGUAAUCUCUUCGAUUGGUCCAAAGAUAACAAUCUCCACGGCUAUGCGCCUAUCUGCCUAGGGCUUGAAGAUUUUUAUAUUCGCCGACUGUAUCGUCGAAUUCAGGAUUGUUUUGGACGACCUAUAUCGAGCCCUCCUGAUGCUUGGUUCGAUGUCCUGGAGCGUGUUUCCAAUGAUAAUAACAAGACACUCAAGCGGACUACAAAAGUAAGCAGGUGCCUUAACUUGGGAUCAUAUAACUACCUUGGAUUUGCUGCUGCAGAUGAAUACUGCACACCCCGUGUUAUUCAGUGUUUGAAGAAAUACUUUGCCAGCACAUGCAGUUCUCGUGCUGAUGGAGGAACUACAACACUACAUUCUGAAUUGGAGGAGGCGGUGGCUAACUUUAUCGGGAAACCAGCUGCUUUGGUUACCGGAAUGGGUUACGUCACUAACUCCGCUAUCCUUCCUGUCUUGAUUGGAAAAGGAGGGUUAAUAAUUAGUGAUUCUUUGAACCAUAACUCUAUAGUAAAUGGUGCUCGAGGGUCAGGCGCCACAAUCAGAGUAUUCCAACAUAACACACCUUCGCAUUUAGAGGAUGUAUUGAGAGAACACAUUGCCCAUGGUCAACCGAGAACACAUAGACCUUGGAAGAAAAUCAUGGUUGUUGUGGAGGGGAUAUACAGUAUGGAAGGAGAAAUUUGCAAGCUUCCCGAGAUUGUUUCAAUAUGUAAAAAAUAUAAGGCAUACGUGUAUUUGGAUGAAGCUCACAGUAUUGGAGCAAUCGGGAAAACGGGAAGGGGUGUGUGUGAGCUUUUAGGUGUGGAUACUGCUGAUGUGGAUAUAAUGAUGGGAACUUUCACAAAAUCAUUCGGAUCAUGUGGUGGUUAUAUAGCAGGAUCCAAGGAACUUAUACAAUAUCUAAAAUAUACAUGUCCAGCUCAUCUAUAUGCCACAUCCAUAUCACCUCCUGCUGCUCAGCAAAUAAUAUCUGCCAUAAAGGUUAUUACCGGAGAGGAUGGCUCUAGUCGAGGUGCUCAGAAGCUUGCUCAAAUUCGCGAUAACAGCAAUUAUUUUAGAUCAGAACUGUUGAAAAUGGGGUUUGAGGUUUUAGGGGAUAAUGACUCGCCUAUAAUGCCUAUAAUGCUUUAUAAUCCUGGAAAAAUCCCCGCCUUUUCAAGAGAGUGUCUCAAACGGAAUGUUGCGGUUGUGAUGGUUGGUUUCCCAGCGAGUCCUCUACUGUUAUCGAGAACACGUAUAUGCAUUUCUGCUGCUCAUACACGGGAAGACAUGGUCAAAGCCUUAGAGGUUAUAAGUACGGUUGGAGACAUGGUGGGCAUUAAAUACUUUCCAGCUGAACCCAGUAAGUCAGAACUUGAAGAAAACAGACUAAAGGUGGAGUAGAGGUUUUUUUUUACUUAUUUUGUUUUUUUAUAUUUUGGGUUGGGCAAAUUCACGAGUCCUUUAGAACCACGUAUGGUUGUGGUUGGAGAACAAGAUAUCGGUAUAUACCUGUAUGCUUUUUUUAAUAGAAUCUUGAUCUAGUUUCUUGUAUAUAAUGUUUAUAUGUAUCAAGUUUAUAACUGGAAUUUGGGCUACAGAUGGUAUUCACGGUUUGGUUUGAUCGUUUUUAA